GCGCGAGUGAAGAUUUGAAGGCGGGAUGUUGAAGGCGGGUCGUUCCUCCACGACGGGAUCUGCAGCCCGGGCGCUAGCUUUUGAGGUGGCCCCACUCCGUUCUUUCCCAGCGGCGGGCCCUGCCAAGCUUUCAGAAAUGGAAGCUGCAGCCCAGCCAAAGAACGCCAUUACGCUUUCUGCCGUCAGCACUUUGCCUGCCCCACGAUGGCUCUACGGCGGGGUAGACUAGAAUGCUCACAGCAUCCAGGGGAUUGCCCGUCACUACCUUGGGGUGGGUAGGUAGGUAGGUAAACUUCCCUUCCAACAUCCACACUCGGACCCUUCCACCUACAUCACGGAACCACUCUCUCCAGCUUCUUCCAUCAGUCAUCUUAUCUAAAGUAACGAGUACGGUCAACUGCAACACCGACCACGGAGAAGCCUACCUUCACACUGUUCAGAACAUCCAGCUUUCAUCCAUCAUGGACUCAUCAGUGACAACAGGAAGGUCAGGCAUAGGCACCGGCCAAGGAUCGCCAGCAGCCUCAGGACAACCCAUCUCCAAAGCCGGCCAGGCCAUCCCGAAUCUACGAGACCGUAUCCCCAAGCUAGAGCCCAGGCGACGGAAGCAGGAACCAUCGAACCCGACUCCGGUUCCAGAAACCCCCGCCCUACCUCCGCGCCCCGACCCAUCCACUCUGGUGUUCCAGACGCCCGUCCGGCGGAUCCUUCUCCUGAAAGACCACGAGCUCUUCUUGGCCUCUCCCUCUUUCAAUCUCAUCCUCUCUUUCGUCUUCUCCCUCUCCGAAUCCGUAGCCGACACGCCCAUCUCGGCUAUCAAGGACUCUGACCUAAGCGAGCCCGUGAAGGCCAUCCUUCGCAUCCUUGACGAGACCGAAGCGUUGUGCAAAGAGUCGCCACCAGACGACCAAGGCGGCUCCCGCUUCGGCAACAAGACCUUCCGUCUCUUUCUCGACAAGGUCAAGCAGCGCGGACAUCAAUGGCACGCCGCCUUUUUGGGAGGCAAACUUCCCGACGCUGCCGUCACUGAGGCCUCAGCCUACCUCAACCAGUCCUUCGGCAACCGCACGCGCAUCGACUACGGCUCGGGUCACGAGCUCAACUUCAUCAUGUGGCUUCUGUGCCUGUACCAGCUCUCGGUCCUCGAACAAUCAGACUUCAAAGCCGUCGUGCUCCGCGUCUUCGCCCGCUACCUAGAAGUUAUGCGCCUGAUUCAGAUGACGUACUAUCUCGAGCCGGCAGGCUCGCACGGCGUGUGGGGGCUGGACGACUACCAGUUCUUGCCCUUUCUGUUUGGCGCCAGCCAGCUGUUGCAUCACCACUUUAUUACGCCACGGGCGAUUCAUCAGGAGCUGACGCUGGAGGAGUUCGGGCAUGACUUUUUGUACCUGGGCCAGGUGGCGUUUGUCAAUAGCACUAAGACGGUGAAAGGUUUAAGGUGGCAUAGUCCGAUGCUGGACGAUAUCAGUAGCGCCAAGAAUUGGGAGAAAAUUGAGGGCGGGAUGAGGAGGAUGUUUGUGUCGGAGGUGCUGAAGAAGUUACCGGUUAUGCAGCAUUUCUUGUUCGGAUCGCUAAUUCCUGCGGCGGAGGGUAUGAGCGAACAAGAUCCCAAUGCCUUGGGUAGCGAGGAGAAUGAAGAGGAGGGCGGCGAGGUGGAAGUGUACGAUGAUAGUGAUGGCAAGAGGCAUGUUCAUCAGCCGACUGGCUGGGGCGAUUGUUGCGGUAUCAAGGUGCCGAGUAGUCUGGCGGCGGCGGAGGAAAUGCGGAAGAGGGGACAGGUGGAGAGUUUGAGAAGAAUACCUUUUGACUGAGAUCGAUGUCAUAUCUUAGUGUAAUGUUUAUCAUAUUCGUGUUAUAUUUGCUCGACGUCACUCCAUACAUCAAGAGUAAUAAUCAAGCCGCAAAAACUACAAUGGUCAUACUAACAUGCUC